CUGUCGACUGCCCCACAUGCUAUAAUCGUGUUCGCUCUUGACGUUAUCCUCUCUCUACCGCUCUAUGUAGCUCGACGACUGCCUUGGCUUUAGCCUAGUUGGUGCUCCCUCCUUGACCCUGGAACUCGUUUAGGUCAAUAACUAUGUGAGUGCAGUUCCAAGGGAGACAUUCAUCCGUGACGUUCAACCAGCCACAUGCACAAUGCUCCACACUGCCCCAUAAGUUAUAGCUGUCCUAUUCUUCAAGACUUGUAGCGGGUGUUUCAGCCAUGAUCUCUCGUCGACUCCUUUCCAGUAAUAACGUGCUGUUGCUGUUGCUACUAGUGUUCGUGGAGCUGGUAUGUAGCUUGCCCGAGCCUGUGCCGGCGCUUGCAUCGCCGCAGCAGACGAGCACGCCAUCGAAAUUGCACUUCGUACAGUCAUGCCAUUUUGACGUGGGUUAUGCCGACACGGCAGCCAAUAUCGUGAACAGAUACUUUGAUAAAUACUAUGCCGCCAGUAUGCACACAUCGGAGGAUUUGCGCCAGCUAGCGGGCAAGGAGCGUCUGGUGUUUCUCACGCAUACCUACCUAGUGUCGUUGUAUAUGGACUGUCCGCCGGCAAUGGGAAUCCACUGCCCAACCAGUGCGCAGAAACAGACGUUCAUGGAGGCUGUGAAACGUGGCGAUAUUGUUUGGCAUGCCAUGCCGUUCAACUCUGAACUGGAGCUGCUGGACGCGUCCAUGGUCGCGUUCAGCCUCCAGCUCACCCAUGACCUGGACACGGCGUUUGGUCGCAAUAAGACGAUAACAAUGAGCCAGCGCGACGUGCCGGGGACUACUCGGUCGAUCAUACCUUUGUUGAAAGCAGCUGGUGUUGAGGCAAUCACUGUUGGCGUAAACCCUGGUAGUAUGCCACCAGCUGUACCCGACAUCUUUAACUGGCAUGAUCCCGUCAGCGGAGAAACUAUCUUAGCCAUGUGGCACGCACACGGCUAUGGUGGAAUGGACUGCUGCAAGAUGAGCGACUCUGUCGUAGUAGCCGGUGCUGACGAUGCACUGAUGUACAAUGUGCGCGUGGACAACAGUGGACCACCGUCGCUGAAGCAAGUGCAGCAAGACUGGGCCACCGUGCAGAAGCUCUUCCCCCAAUCGGAGAUCGUUGCAACAGACUAUGACUCGUUUGUGCGUGCCAUACAACCGCACGCUGAUCAGCUACCCGUGUAUGACAAGGAGAUUGGGGAUACAUGGAUUUACGGCGUGCCUUCGGAUCACUUCAAGACUGCGGCUGCCCGUGUGAUGAUGGCUGCGCGCACAGGCUGCCUUGCUGCUGGACACUGCUCUCUCUCCGACAACAGGGUGUACAACUUCUCCAGGCUGCUGAUCAAGGCCAGUGAGCACACAUGGGGUCUGGCGUAUGUUGGGUUUCUCAACGAUAACAUCAACUUCAAGAAUGAUCAGUUUCAUCCACUCAUGCAAAACCAAAACUAUGUAGCGGUGGCUAACAGCUGGCGUGAGCAACGAGACUGGGGAAUAACCUAUGCCCUCCAAGCGCUAGAAGAUCAUCCGCUGGCUGCUGAACUGGAAGAGGAGCUUGCCCUGCUCAGAGCAGUACCUGCACCGAAUCUUGCCGGCUACUUCAAAGUGUCCACUCUGCCGGCCAAGGGCUUCACCGUUGGCGAAGAUGUCCUGAUAAAUUUCUCCUCGCAGCCGUUCAGCAUUAGUCAUCUGAGUAUCGGGAAGCGGGUGUACGCGUCGACAGAGACAGCCACGUCCAUGGCAUCUCUUCUGUACCAGUCGUUCACGCAGCAGGACUUUGAGAAAUUCAUGCUGAACUAUCUGGACUUCUGGCCGGCCAUUGGCUGGGACUCAUCGUUUGGCAAGCCAGGUCUGGUAAACGUCACUGGGAUUGAGCAUCAGGAGAUCGAGGCGGACUUGGUGGCAGUCUGGAGAAAGAACUAUGGCGAGAAGAACAUGUCGUCGUCAUUCCUUGUUCAGCUGGCUUUUCCCGCCGAGUUAGUCAGAGACUACGGUGCACCGGCGGAUGUCUGGCUGGACAUCACCGUGUCACACGCGUCACUGCAGCUCAGUGUCAUGCUGCUCAACAAAACGCCAACACGACUACCGGAGUCCAUUUGGCUACAGUUCAAACCCAAUGUUGCCAAUACGUCUUCCAUGAUGGUCGACAAGAUAGGGAGAAGAUCAGUGUCUUUGACGUGGGCAGUAAUGGCAGCAAACACACACAUGGUGUGGGCAGUGAUGGAGUAACAUAUGCAUCCGACCCAGGACUGAACUUCCUCAGCAAGCACGUACCAAUUGUUUGCAUAGGGGAAGCUACACCAUUCCCAACCCCAAUGGCCGAACCUGACGUCGACGAAGGAUUUGCAUUCAACCUGGUGAACAAUAUCUGGGGAACGAAUUAUGUGAUGUGGUAUCCGUUUGACGAGGGUGAUGGCUCGUUCCGUUCCGACUUCACCGUGCAAUUCCCAUCCUAGUUGUAUGGCACGUCCAUGAGGUAGUGUAGUGGUGGAUGUCAUGGCGAACCAUGCACCUGCAUGGUCAUGGCAACCCAUACGCUUGUCUUGUGAUUGAUGCCAUGGCAACCCAUGCCUUUGUAUGGUCAAGGAUGCUAUGGCAACCCAUGCUCUUGUAUGGUGAUUGAUGCCAUGGCAACCCAUACGCUUGUAUGUAGAUCUGGUCGAAAUGUCUCAACAGAGUAUCCGAAACACUCUCUGUACCGUCGUGUCAUUUAUUUCAGACGUGACACUCGCCGUCCGCAUUGCAAUUGUUGUGCGCUAGUUUGUUAGUUAGUUGUCAUUUAGUCAUAUUUGCCCUCAUCACCCCUCCCAUUUCACUUACAACAAAAUCCCCCCCCCCCCCCUACAGAAUGCUAGUACAAUGUACAGUAUUUCAAACAGUUGAAAUAAUGUGAUAGCUCUCCCUCCUCAUGGAGAUAAUAUAACAGUCCCAAUUAUAUCGCAGCAAAAAUCUAGCAGUUCACAAUUGAAGUCUCAGCAGGCUACUACUCUUAAAGUAUAUCCUAUAAUUAUUUUAAAUUUUAAAUUAGAGUUAGAAUGAUGCCUCAUCGAGAGUGCAACUUGAGCGCAAUAAUAUGUGCUCGUUGUAAA